AUUGUGCCACAUUUUUGCCACCCUAGACUGCAGGCUACUCAGCUUAUGGGUGGCUCUACCCACUAUUUAUCAUGAAUCUUCGUUCGAUAAGGGUAGUGACGAUCUAGUUAAUAAAAAUAAUACUCUAAAAUAAACUUAUUUCAUAGACUCCUUUAUACUCUUUAGGGUAAAAUACAGGGAAGAAUUUGCGUACGCAUCCUGGUACUGUUCCUUGCAGAUAAUGCAGUCUUAAUACCAGUCAUCUGUAUGACAGCAAUAUAGGGUCUUGUUUAUUUCCUAAAGAUCAGAGCAACCCAAAUCAAAUUUCACUUUGGCAACACAUAAUAACGUCAAAAUUCUAAAUCCCUCAAUUCUACUAUACCCAAUAAACUUUAAGAUCAGAAAAAAUUAUAACGAUGGAUUGUUCUGCAGUUCAAAAUCGAAAGUAUGAAAUUUUAAAAUCACACCUUCAAACUUUACUUGGUGAAUUGGAACGACGAAACAAAUUAUUGUACAAUUACCAAAAUAAGGCGAACGAAAGAAACGAAAAAAAAGAAAAACCAUCUCCAAAGCUUACGCAUAAGAAAUCAAAGACAAAGCUACAACAAGACCAUUCGGUAAAACAGUGUGAUCCAAAAAUAGAAACGCAUGAAUAUUUUCGACUGUAUGAUUCUAUAAACAACCAGAGUGAAGAAAUGGCGGACCUGAAACUGUUGAAUAGUUUAGAAGAGCGACACAGUAUGUUGUGGCACUCAAUUACUAAUCUACAAGAAAAACUUAGUCAAAUUGGAUUACAUGCAAGGGAUGAGUGUAGAUCGUCCCCACAAGUUAAUGAAAAACUGUUAAAUUUGCGAUGGAAGUGCGAAAACAUGAAAUGCAAUAUCGCCACCAAAUAUCGAGAUAUCCUAUUAAUGCAAUCGCAGCAUUCCAGCUUAAACAUUUCCAAUCCUUCAGAUGCUGAAUACAACAAAUUGAAAGCUUAUGCAAAUCGGAUUGCUGCCAUGAGAAAUGCCUGUGCAGAAUGUAAAAGGCAUAUAGAAGACCGCUUAUUAAACCUGACCAAGAACGCAGGCGAUAUGACCAAUGCAAUUGCGGAGGAACAAGAAUAAGGAAAAUUUCACACACGUUUUGAUAUGAAAUGUUCAAUUUUGCUUUAAAAAAAAUAUAAGUAGUGAACAA